AAUCACAUUAGUUUUGAGGCUCCUUUUAAAAUUGUUCUCCAAAUAAUACCCAACACGAAGCAUUUCGAUCUCUUCCUAAUAACCUUUCGUGGUCGUGGACAAAUUUGCAGUCAGAUACAUCGAAUUAAAACAAAGUAGACCCAUGAGUUACGAUGUAUGUAUCCGACGAGCAUCGCUUAUACCGAAGGGCGCGAAGAAAGUUUUCUUUUAAGACCUAUGGCUUGCUUGCUCUGUGGCUCGUUUUAGCUCUGGCCCAAUGGCUGGUGAUAGCAUUUAUAGAGAGUGCGAGGAAAACCUUCAGGUCGUUAUACUACAUCUGUCUAGCGACCUUUGCACUGGCCAUCAUAAUAUUCGGGCUCUUCAUAUUUGUUGAGAAGAUGCGUUUCAUCAAAGGCCUCAACUUUAUCAUGUCACUAAUAAUAGUGGAGCUUCAGAUCGUAUCCACAUUUGCUCUUGUCGCCCUCAGUUGGUGGGCGGAUGUCCUGACAUUUUAUGCAGUCGCCCUAAUAUUGGUGGUAAUCUUUCUUGUAAUAGGAGUAUUUCUACCAUCACGAGCGGACCUCACCCUAGAUAUAGCAGUUCUAUUUAUAUUAGCAUUUAUUUUCCUGAUUGUGGCCAGUUUUAUACUACUGUUUGAACUACUUGUGCGGAAAACAAUUCCCUAUGCCUAUUCAGUGGUGGAAAUAUCUGUAACCUUUAUGAUCCUACUGUUCGUAAUGUACCAUGGGCAAACAAUUAAUGGAAACCGAUUCGCUGAGAUGCGACUUAACGAUUUCUUCUUGGGAUCUCUAAUUCUGUUCCACGACUUCCUGAUCAUUUUCUGGCUGACAUUCUAUUGGCAGAUCCAUUAUCGACCUAUCACACCUAAUUCCUGGUUAGAGACAUCUACUCCGUAUUACAAUUCCUCAGUCGGAAGAAACGAUACCUAUAGAAGUCUUGACGGAGCAACGCACCCACCCUGGGGCGAAGAUUGGUUCACCAGAAGAUUUGAUGACGGUUAUGACAGUGAUUCAGAUGCAAGAGACUAUCCUGAGAUGCCGAGCGGUAGAGGAAAGCCAGGACAUCGGAACCCUAAUGACAGAGACCCCAUGGACGAACACAGGCCAAAUAAUAGGGGUUUCACAAACGAUUGGUCAGUUUACAAUCAAAGGCCAAAAAAUGGAUUUAGAAGUCGCGGAAGGUCGCGAACUAAAAGUCCGGAACCAAAGAACGUACACCACAAACAUCGUAAGCCUGAGGAAUGGGACCCUGAAUAUAUUACGCAAGGUGUCGAUAUGGCUGUGCCCUUUGAUGACCGCUAUGGCGAAAACUCAAAAGAUGUCCAGGAAGAUGAUGAAGUGCAUCCGAUUCAUAACGAGGAUACAGGUCCCAUAAUGGAGGAUGAUGAUGGGGAUGUGCCCAUCAGUGUUCACUCUGAACAGCCGAUUGAUAAGUUUUAUCAAAAUCCUAACACUGGACCAAAAUUAGAUGCUGGUAUUGCCGAAGGAAAAUCGGCCGCUGGCUUUGGUGAUCCAACCGUCGAUUUUCCUCCGGCGGACUACCAGCCAUUUGAUGAUCCUUCAUGGCAAAUCCAUUCGUCAACCGAUUCUUCUCAUAUAUAUAUUAUUCCUAAGGCAAGACCCUCCAGCAAUCAAAAAUUCCUUCCAGGUGUUGAGGAUUCUUAUUCAAUGGGCAAUAAUCGACAAAAUUAUAUUCAAAAUGAAAAGAUGGAAGGUUUUAUUGCUGCUCAUGAGAAAAGUGAUCUAAGUUCUCGGCCGGAUAAUAUUCAGGAAAGCUCAAAGAUGUUUACCGAAAGUGGAUUCAGUAAUAAGUUAAACAACUUGCAAAAGGAUGAAAUGACAGGACAAACCAGACAACAUUUAUCAGAAGGACGUAAAGACCUACAUGAAGUUAGCCCACCUCCAUGGGAGGAGCUAUCCGAAGAUGAAAUCCGAAAAAUUAUAGACCAGAAUUUCCAUGAAGAUAAGUAUCGACCAAAUGCAGACCGUUGGGUUGAGCCAUUAAUUACCAGAGAGCCUUAUCCAAUAAACCUUCCGGACUAUGAGAAACUUGUACUGAACGUCAGUUCGAGCAUAUUGCAAUAGGCUUUGAAGCCGUAAACAAUAUAUGAAUUAUUUUCCUCUAUAAAUUUAAUCCGAUUUGCCGAUUGUCAUCAGA